UGAACUUUUUUUUUUUUUUGAGGAAACGUCAAACAAAGACAUUACUUUUCGUCCAACAACCACCCUCUCCAAAUUCCAAUCCCAGCCAUCUCUCGUCUUCUUCCUUCCUCAGGCGGACUUCCAACUCCAAUUCAGUAGGAAGACGCGAUGCCGAACUGGGAACUGCAGAACUGCUGUCAGAAGGACCAGGUCACCUUCUUGGUCACCAUUGGCGUCUUUUCCCUUGUUAUCCUCGCGCUAUGGCGGACAGUACUGCUAACGCCUUUCAAGCUCAUAACCGUGUUUAUGCACGAAGCUAGUCAUGCCAUUGCUUGCAUCCUCACUUGUGGGAAGGUGGAAGGGAUUCAGGUUCACGCCAAUGAAGGAGGCGUGACUCAAACACGUGGUGGCAUAUAUUGGCUGAUCUUACCUGCAGGAUGGAAGAAUUGAGUUUGAGGUGAUUUGAUGGACAUGUUUGCUGGAUAGCAAUUUCUGCUUCUCUAAAGAAGGUAACACAAGAAGCACUUCCGUUUCAGCUGGCAAAAGGGCCCUAUUCCACAAUAGUAGAAACUUCCAAUAGGACUUUUGAGUGCAAUGAGUAAAGGAUGCAAAAGCUGCUCCUAGAUCCUGGUACCAUUUGUUCUUUGCUUCUUGUUAUUCUAUUCGUUCUCCUCUUUCCUCUUAUGAAACUAAAUGGUGAUGCUUGAGCAGCAAGCUGUAGGACACAUUGCUGAGGAUCAGCUCAAGCUUCUCUACUUCAGUUCAAUGUUUUCUAAAGUCUGUGGUUCAUUAGAGCAAGGUGUAGGGUGUAGGUGUUAGUGCCCCAAGUUUUCGGGUAUUAAGAUUCCUAUGGUGCAUGCAUGGUCACAAGUAUUUUGUUGCAUGAUAAUUUCUUGAUAUAGUUUACCGAGAAGCCAGACUUGUCCGUAUUUGGAAAAGAGGACAGGAUGGUAUUCCAAAUGUUUAUUAUUAUUAUUUUUCGGUACUUUGCCCGCAGAUCUUGGAUCUUCAUUUUGGGGGAUGCUUUUGAUACUUGCAUCAACCAAUCUUCUUACUGCAAGAAUUGCUGCUGGUUGUUUGGGUCUUGCGCUACUCAUAGUGCUGUUUAUUGCCAAGAAUUGGACGCUUCGAGGACUUUGCAUUGGAUUCAUUGCGUUUCUUGCUAUCAUUUGGGUAUUACAAGAAUACACCAAAGUACGGAUCCUUCGAUAUGUUAUUCUCUUCAUUGGUAUAAGCAUCCAUAUCAAGUUUUCCUUUUCCCCCUCUUUUUCAAUUAAGUAGCUUGUACUUGGCCUUUCCAUCAUCAAAGCUAGUUAGCUGAUUCUACCACCUUAUUCCCCGUGCAGGUGUCAUGAACAGUUUGUUUUCAGUUUAUGGUGUUGGAUGGGGAAUGAUCUGGUUCAAAUCGAGGAUAACUGGCUUACUUCGGCACUUGUUCACUGUGGAGAGCAUUCUGUAGAGUUGUAUUGUGUCCAUGCCCAGGGCUUCAUUCUUUCGACCCUUUGUGUUUCUGGGGGGUCGACAUUUGAAUACUCUGAUAUGAUUGGUGUGUAUAGGGUGGUGUCCAAUGUGCUGAACUUUUUCUUGGUUGACCUUCAACAGAUUCUAGGCUACUCACUUCACGGUCAGCACAGGAAUCAUACUCAUUCUUAGCCUUGUCUAAUGGACUUGAGC